AUGCAAAAAUUUGUUAAAAUUGAUGUGUCCAAAAUCAAUCAGAAGCCAAAUAAUGAUACGACGACUAUUACUCCUGGUAAUGACACCGUUUUAGGAACAACCAUUAGUACAUCAACAGCACAAACCACACUUGCGGUAACCAAAAAAGAGGAAAAUGCAACUACAGCACCGACAACGACAUCAACAACUAGUCCGCCAACAUCCACUACGGAAAUAGCUCCGUUUGAGCAGCCAAAAGAAGGACGUCUCACGAAGAAGGUUCCCUCCGGCUACUACUGUAAAUGUGACCUCAAGAUCAAUAUCUGUGAUGUGAACUGUUGUUGCGACAUCGAUUGCAGUGAGUCAGUUCUGAGGACUUUUGCAUGUGACGAGGAAGAGUUGGAUAUCGAAGAAUACCAUCACCAGGAGGGGCUGCAGUCGUGCGAGGUCCAGGGAGGAUUGUUUUGCUUGGUUGGCGAAAGGCGAGAUACCACGCGUGGAACGUUUUAUGACUCGAGACUUAAAGAAAUCGCUACCAAACGGAAAUGGAUCGAUAUAUUUCCGGUUGAUACCAACUCAAAGGAUAAAAUUGCCUCUUCUUAUCGUGUGAACGAUAUCAUAAAAUUCUACAACGAGACCAGUGAACAUGUCGAACCAUUCAAUCUUCCCCGAUCUCUCACCAACUCGGAAUGCCAGAUUUUGCAACCAAUCCGCUUUCUUCAGGACCAAACCACCGAGUGUCUGCGUACCUCAUUAGAUGAGCUAGAAAGCUUCACAACCACUUUGAUGGAGCAGCAAUCUCAUCUACGCUAUCUCAGACUGCCCAAAGCGGAAAUCAUGGAACACUGCUUGGACCAGGAUUGCUUCAACAGCUCCAUGCAGUUUUGUAGCUUCGCAGGGCUGAACUGCCGCUCAACUAACUCCUCCGAGAGUAACGAUGACGAUGGAGAACUUUGGUACUGUCCUCGAAUCAACUUUGAGUUCCAGCACAACUACACCCACCUGGAAGGUUUGAACAUCAAAUUCCUCUGCGGUCGAGCCGAACUUUUCGACAUGAAGGGGGACAAAAUUUGGACGCGAUUGAGCGUGAAGUUUACUCGUAAAAAUGAGGAAAAGUUUUCCCGAAGCGUUAGCGGUAAUCUGGGUUACCUCAAGGGAAAACCGUUGAUUGUAUCGAACCUACUAAUUCCCGAGAACGACACGAUGGAAGACAUACGCACCAAGAAGUACAUGUUAAGCUACUUCACCAAUGGCACCAGACUGCCCGACGACACUUUCCGCUUAAAAUUACCUAAAAGCAAACGAAAUCAAUGCGUGCUAGAAGACCAACCCACGAUUCUUUUCGGAGAGGACUCGUGGAACAAGUGUAACUUUUCGCCUCAGCUGAACGUGACUCAAGACUCCAACUUCACAGAAGUCUGCAAAAUUCUUCAAAAGGGGAUAGACGAUAUCCUUCUGCAUGGCAUUCGCCUGAAAUUCCCAGGAACGAACUUGGACGAAGUGAAUUGGUUCGCCUCCAUGUACGGCAAUCCGGUCAACCGCAGCUCGGAUUGGAUCCAGUUUCGAACGGUGAACGUCUUGAACGAAGAUGUGACUGGAAGUGUUUCCCCAGAAAAAUCGAACUUCAAAUGCAACAACAUGGUCAUCAACGUACGAUAUCAGUUCUUCCACGCGCAAACAACGGUACGCAAUGUACCUCGGCAGCACGUGCUGCGGGAAGCGGAGAUUGUGUUCGGACCGCGGGUCAAUUUGCAGUUCGCGUUGGAGGAGGACAUUCGAGUGCCGGUGUUCGUGCAGGCACUUGUGGUUUCGACGGUCUUGGUGGAUACCGUCACUGGCCGGGUUCACGUGGUCGCCGAUAUUGACCUCAUCACGAGGCACUUCAACGUCCGGGGUUUCACUCGCGGGUAA